UUUUUUUAAUUUAGAAAAAAAUAAAAUUCGACUAAAAAGUUGUAAUAAGCACUUUGGGAUCCAUUUCAACCCCUCCAGGAAUCUGCAACUUCGUCUUCCCAUCGUUAAAGAAGAGUUUUGGUAUUUGAGUUGUCGUUUCAUUGCCAUUUGUGUGUCGUUUUGAAGGAUUCGGUUUUCCCCUUCUUAGCAAUCGGCUUAUUCGGGAUCAAGUUCCAAUACCUCGAUCAACAACCCUCGAACCCUCAAUUGGUGCUCCCUCGUUCGUUCCAUGGCCGUCGCCGGACUUCAUCGGUUCCGGUAGAGGAGGAGGAAAUUUGGGUCGUCGUUGUUGUUUUUUUUCUUUGUUUUUGGUUCGGGAUUUUGUUUCUUUCAUGGGCGAUCUUCGGGAUUGGUCGCCUGAACUAAACGGCGCCGCGUUGGAAGAUAUGCCGUCGUCUUCUUCGUCUUUAUCUUCGUCGCCACCGCCUCCGCCGCUUCUUCAGCCGCCGCCGCUUUCAUUGAAUCAAACGGUGAUUGGUUCGGAAUACUGGCAGAGAGCGGAGGAAGCGACGCAGGGGAUUAUAGGUCAGGUUCAGCCGACUGUUGUGUCCGAGAAGAGGAGAAGAGCGGUUAUUGAUUACGUUCAGAGGCUUAUUAGGGGUUUCCUUGGUUGCGAGGUUUUCCCAUUUGGGUCAGUACCUCUAAAAACGUAUUUGCCUGAUGGAGAUAUUGAUUUGACUGCCUUUGGGGGUCUAAAUGUUGAGGAGGCUUUGGCAAAUGAUGUGUGCUCAGUCCUUGAAAGAGAAGAAAAAAACAGUGCUGCAGAAUUUGUUGUGAAGGAUGUGCAGUUGAUCCGGGCUGAGGUUAAACUUGUAAAAUGUCUUGUACAGAACAUUGUGGUUGAUAUUUCGUUCAAUCAGUUGGGAGGGCUUUGUACAUUAUGCUUUCUUGAGCAGGUCGAUUGCCUCAUUAGCAAAGAUCAUCUUUUCAAACGGAGUAUUAUACUAAUUAAGGCUUGGUGCUAUUAUGAAAGCCGUAUUCUUGGUGCUCAUCAUGGUUUGAUUUCUACAUAUGCUUUGGAGACAUUGGUCCUAUAUAUCUUCCAUCUCUUCAACUCUUCCUUGAAUGGUCCUUUAGCAGUUUUAUAUAAAUUCUUGGACUAUUUUAGCAACUUUGACUGGGAUAAUUACUGCAUUAGCUUGAAUGGACCAGUUCGGAUAUCUUCACUUCCAGAACUCAUGUCUGAAACUCCUGAAAAUGCUGGUCAUGACCUACUGCUUACUGAUGAUUUUCUGAAGGGAUGUGUUGAAAUGUUCUCAGCUCCUUCAAGGGGAUAUGAGACAAGCUCCAGAACAUUUCCGCAAAAGCAUCUUAACAUUGUUGAUCCAUUGAAAGAAAAUAACAACCUUGGGCGUAGUGUGAGCAAAGGAAAUUUUUUUCGAAUAAGGAGUGCUUUCACAUAUGGUGCUCGAAAACUGGGGCGCAUCCUUUCCCAGCCUGAAGAGAACAUCGGAGAUGAAAUUCGAAAAUUUUUCUCCAACACAUUGGAAAGGCAUGGAAAGGGGCAGAGGCCUGAUGUUCAAGAUUCUUUCCACAUGUCUGGACAUGAUGAGUUUAGUGCUGCAUCAUUCUCAGAUGCAGAGUUACAAGAAAUUCAGAGAGGUUAUGAAGCUGAAUCAAGUAGCAUGACUGGGGAAUAUAGGUUGAACCACGAGAGAUCACUGCUGCCUGGUGGAGACCCCGAUGUUGAGAUAUCAGGGACAGAAGUCAUGACUGAAAGGUAUGUGGGUGAACAAUAUGAAAACUCUUCGAAUGUGAUGCCAUCAAUGGAUUUGUCAAAACCCGAGAAUUCCUCGGAUGGAACUGCUGUUUCAGACAAUAGUCUUCAUGGGGAUGCACAAGACCUUGCUAUGUCAAGAUUUCAAAGUCUUACUAUUUCUAAUGAUUCACCAAAAUCUUCCCCUACACGUCAUGCACCUCACCUGUACUUUCUGCAUUCACCAAUUGCGAAUGAAGAAACAAAUGGUAAUUGUCAAGUCAGACAGCAAAAAAACAGUGGUUCUACUGAGAAUACGGCUGGUGAUCAGGAUGAGCACCAGUUCGUCAGCAAUCAUAAAAUUAUGUCUCCGGUUGGAUCAAAGCAACAUCUUUCACGCUUGAGUUCGAUUGUUUUGUCCUCCGAGGACUUCUAUCCUAGUUCUUCUAGUUACAGGCUGUCUACUGCCAUUGCUGGAAGUCCUGAGCCUUUCAACACUUUGUCAGAUCUGAAUGGAGAUUUUGAAAGUCACCUUAACAGUUUACAUUAUGGUAGGUGGUGCUAUGAUUGUGCCUUGAAUGCAUCCAUUCCUCCUAUGGCAUCUAUGGUUUCACAGUUUCACGGCAAGAAAUCAUGGGAUGUAAUACGACGAUCUCUUCAUCUUAAGCAUAAUGUUUUUUCCCAAAUGAAUACCAACGGAGUUGUCCACAGACCAGCUUUUUACCCCAUAAAUUCACCACUAUUACCUGGUGGUGUAGGAUUUGGGGUUGAGGAAAUGCAAAAGCCACGAGGAACGGGAACAUAUUUUCCAAAUAUGAAUCAUUAUAGAGAUAGGCCAAUGACACCAAGGGGAAGAAACCAAGUGCCUGUUAGGUCUCCUCGGAACAAUAAUCGUAUGGUAACAGUAGGUACGGAGAGUGGUUUGCUCGAGAGAAGUGGUCGCGAUACUGCACAAGCACAAAUUUCUACUCACAAAGUAAAUGGGAAGUCUGUAUCUGCAGACGACCUUUCUGGUUCUCCUCGGAGGAAGGUAAACACCAAUAAUGCCAAUGGUUCAAUGCAUCCGUCCGAGCGUUUUGUUGAAUUUGGGUCCAUGGGGCAUCCACCACCAGAGGCACCCUUACCGAGAGGAAGCUGGCAAACGAACUCUGGGUUGAGUCCCGUUCAAAACUCAGACACUAGCCUUAAUUCACCAGCAUCAGAUAAGCUGAAACCGGUACUGAGUAUGGAUAAAGAUAGGAUUGCUGUAAAAUCAUACCAUUUGAAAGAUGAUGAUGAUUUCCCACCUUUAUCCGUUUGAUCGCAAUGGCAAGUGAUUAUCUGUUUAUUUGGUUUUAAGGCAAAAUCGAGUGACACAGUAAAAUCUAACAAGCAGCUUGAGCCUGCGCUGUCUGCCUCACUGGCUCUUUAAACUCUUUUGGGAAGCUCUAUGUGGAGUUUGAUAUUCACUUCUCUACAUGUCUUGGAAAAAAAAAAAAGAAAAAAAAGGGCAUUUUCUGUACAUUUUUACUAAUUAUUUUGUUCUCACAAAAAAGGAAGAAAAAAUACCUAGCAUCUUUGCUUUGCUUUGAGGUGUUGUUUAUAUAUAGGAUGUUUGAUUUUAUAAUAUUUGCCCUACUAAGAUUUUGCUCUGUAGGUAGAUGUUUGAAACACAACAUAUUGUUGUUGAUGUUGUUGUUGUUGAUGACUGACGUAGCUUUGUAUUUAAAGAAAAUGUUGGUUCCCAUUUU